UGUGAAAUGCCGAUGAAAAGAGACAGACAGCCUAUUUCUUCAACAUCGACCCAGAGAAGUGACGCAUCUCAAUUACAAAAUGAGGACAGGGAGGAAAAUUUACAUCUGAAUAAGUUAUAUAUGUCAUGCAUGAUCUUCUUUUCAGUCAUUGGAGGGUUCCUGUUUGGUUAUGAUACCAGCGUCAUUGCUGGGGCCAAUCUGUUCGUCAAGGAUGACUUCCCUACCUACACUGAUUUCCAAAAAGAAUUGGUGGUUUCAAUGACUCUUUUAGGAGCAGCUAUUGGAUCUCUCACUGGAGGUCCUAUUUCAGAUAAAUUUGGUAGAAAGAUCACUAUUUUGGUGGCAGAUGCAGCAUUCUGAACAGGCUGUGUUAUAAUGGCAUUCACCCCUUCAAUAUUCAUCCUCGUUGUUGGACGAUUUGUAGUAGGAAUAGGUGUAGGAGUAGCUGCAAUGGUUGUGCCAGUCUAUAUUGCAGAAAUUUCUCCUAAAAAUAUUAGAGGUGUCCUAGUAAAUCUUAACGUGGUUUUCAUAGCCUCAGGACAGUUCUUAGCUCUAGUAAUAUGCCUCUUACUAGGCAAAAAUUGGAGGUACAUGCUCGGGCUAGCAGGAAUUCCAGCCUUACUUCAAGGAAUAGGAAUUCUCUUCAUGAGUGAAUCACCAAGAUGGCUUUUCAAAAAUAGUAGAGAAAGUGAUGCUAUUGAAGCACUUGAAAGAAUCUACUCCGAACCCCUAGAGAGACUAUUCGGGAUCAUAGAAGAACAGAGAGAAGAAGCCAAUAAAGUAAAACAAUAUGAAAAUUACCCUUAUAAAGAAUUGAUCAAGCAAUCAUUUAGCAAAUAUUCUAGAUGAUUGUUCGUAGGUUGUGGCUUACAGAUGUUCCAGCAACUUUGUGGCAUAAAUACAGCAAUGUAUUAUGGUCCUGAUAUCAUGCAAGCCGCAGGGUUUGGAGAUGAGAAUAAUCGUAAAGUCACCCUUCUGAGUUCACUUCCAUUAGCCUUUGUAAAUGCCAUGGGAGGAGUAAUAGCUUUGACUUUUAUCGAUAGAAUGGGAAGAAGAUGGAUUUUACUCAGGACCUUACCAUUCGUAGCUCUUUUUAUGGGCUUCAUUGGUAUAGGUAUGGGAUUUAGAAAUCAUACAAAUGAAAACCAAGAUAUUUCCCAGAAUUUUGGAGGAUGGCUAGCUGCAGGUGGAAUCUUUUUAUAUCUCAUGGCUUUCUCUAUUGGAAUGGGUCCUACUCCUUGGACAGUAAAUUCUGAAAUCUAUCCGCUGCACUUAAGGGGUGUCUGAAACAGUCUCUCUGCAACUACAAACUGGGUGUCUAAUUUUGCUGUAUCUUUCAGCUUUCUGACUUUGUUGAACCAUGUCCCAUAUGGUGAUAUCUUCGCUUUCCUUCUAAUUUUAUUAUUUGCAGCCAUGGCAUUUCUAUUCGUGUUUAUCUUUCUACCAGAGACUAAAGGAAUGUCUCUGAAUAAAGUACUAGAGCUAUUUAUCAAAGAUAAGAAGGAAAUUCUGGAAUCUGAAGAUGAGUAA